CAGUUUUUUCUGAGUAUAAAUAUCACUACAGAAGUCCAGUGAGCUUCAGACUUCAGUUGAAGACUUUAGCAGAAGAUUUCAUCUCUGAACUUCCCACAGACACACAGAGACUCCAGAGUCCCAGUGUUCUCUGAGAAACGAUGGCGGUCUGGACUGUCUAUCUGUCUCUCUGUCUUCUGGUCGCUUUGAAUGCUUCAGUGGAAACGCUUCCUGUUGGAGGUAAACCUUGUAGCGCCUGUGCUUCAGGAUGGUCUGCCUAUGGAUGCAGAUGCUUCAAGUUUUUCAAUAAGUAUAAAACAUGGUCUGUAGCCGAGAAUCUGUGUUUGUCCUAUGGUGGGAACCUUGCUUCUAUACACAGCCAUGAUGAGUACAUUUUCAUACAGAACCUGAUUAGACGCGAAACUCAUGCAACAACACGUACCUGGAUCGGAGGCCGUUAUGCUGAGGGACAUUGGCUCUGGAGUGAUGGAACCGAAAUGACCUAUCAAAUAUGGUCGCCUGGAGAACCCAAUGACCAUAUUUAUGAGCUCUGCGUUGAGAUGAACUCUUUCCAUGGCAACUGGAAUGAUGUGAAAUGUCAUUACAACAGGCCCUAUGUGUGUGUGAAAUGAACCAGCAUGUGAAGAAUCAAUGUAGAAGAAACAAGCUUCUUUGAUUCAUUUACUUUCCAUUAGAAGUGUUUAAUGGAGGCUAAUAAAUGUGUUAAACAGUUUAA